CUUUUUCAGAUGUGUUCAGUUUGGGCCUAAAUUUCAAAUACGAUAACUAUAACAUGUAUGCGAUUGACCUUAUUAAUAAUCAAACUACCUUUAUGUGAUUGUAUGGUUGUCAACGCCCAUAGAUAGUUAACGAUGCCUAGAAUUUGUGGGACUGAUAUUCAUGCAGCAAAUGCCCUGAAUGACUUGCGCCAUUCGAACAUUGUUAACAAUGUUCAUGAAAAUGCAUUGUAUGAACUUGUCAGUGAAUAUUUCGCAGAUUCUGUUGAUGACAUGAAUGGUGAGGAUUUUGAUAUUGAUCAUGAGACUGGUUAUGAUGAGCCUGAUGAAAUCAUUAGUGUCUUGGACAGUGCAGAGGACCCGUCUUUGGCUGACGAUUUUGAUGUACCAGUGGUCCUUGGUGCAGUUGACAGGCAUUAUAUGGACAAUGUCCAUGAAGAUGAUGAUAUUCAAUCUGUUGAUGAGGAUAAUGAAGGUGAUGUUAUCCGAGAAAAUGAUGCGCAGACUAUCAUGGGAAUGGUAGGAGAGUUGAUUUGCGACACAGAUAAAGAAUGUGAACUUCGUAAGAUUCAAGAUUACCAGUGUUCAUGUGCUGCAUUUAAGAAAAAUGGAAAAUGUCUGAAGCAGCUCAGCGUGGAACUCAUUUAUGAAAUGCGUUUGAAUAUGUCAGCCAUGACUGACUUUGAGAAGGACUUAGUUAUCCUUGGUAAAUUGAGUACCACCAUGAAUAGGUCAGAGAUGACAACCUGUACUAAACGUUCAAAACAGCAAAAGCGUCAACGUCAACGAACCAGCUACUUUGUUGAGGGACACCAGAUCUGUCGUUCAGCGUUUGAAUUCAUUCACACCAUAUCUGGUGACAAGCUUGACAGUUGCAUCAAACAUUACAAGGAGCACGGCCUCACACCACGAGUAAAGAAAUCUGGUGGAAGACGAGCUGAACGUCGAUAUUUGACCUAUGAUGAUAUCAAGCGUGUUGUGUCGUACAUCACCUCCUUCACAGAAACUCAUGGAAUCAUCUUACCAGGAAGGAUUCCAGGGUUUAAAGAUUUCACAAUGAAACUGCUUCCAUCAUCAGAAACUAAGGCCUCUGUCUUCCGUAGUUAUGAUACCGCUAUGGAUGAGUUAGGAGAACGUGCAGUAAAGAUAUCAAGUUUUCGGCAACUCUGGAAUACACUACUUCCAUUCAUAGUGUUUUGUAAACCCCAAACUGACCUUUGUUGGACCUGCCAACAAAAUAACUAUCAAGUUUAUAGGAGCCACAAUCUCCCUGAUGAAGUAAAGAAUGCCAAAUUACGUAAGCAGCUUGGUCAUCUUCAGCUGGUGGAGGCAGAACGGAAUGAAUACAGACGAAUGGUGGCUGAUGGGAAAGGUGUUGCUGCAGAAAUUGAACAACCGUUGAAGCUGGGUCCUCAUCUACCCAUGUCGGGUGAUUUUCACAUGCAUUAUUCUUUCGAUUUCGCGCAGCAAGUCCACAUCCCAAGUGAUCCCCUACAGCCAGGACCUAUGUACUUCCUGGUUCCUAGGAAAUGUGGGCUGUUUGGUAUGAACUGUGAGGCAUUGCCUCAGCAAGUAAAUUACUUAAUUGAUGAGUCAGCAUCGUCUUCAAAGGGUUCAAGUGCUGUAAUUAGUUACUUGCACCACUUCUUUGAGACAUAUGGACUUGGGGAAAAGGAUCUAGAUAUGCAUUGUGACAAUUGUUCUGGCCAGAACAAGAAUCGCUAUAUGCUUUGGUAUUUGGCAUGGAGGGUGAUGCAUGGAUUGCAUCGGACCGUAACUCUCAAUUUUUUGAUAACAGGACACACAAAAUUUGCUCCUGAUUGGUGUUUUGGACUCAUAAAACAAAAAUUUCGGAAGACCCGUGUAUGUUCAUUGGAUGAAAUGUCAGAAGUGGUCAGCAAUAGUACCACAACUGGAGUGAACAUUCCACAACAGGUGGUGAAUAAUGAUGGCCAAGUACUAGUUAGGCACUAUGACUGGCAAGAGAUGGAAUCUGAUUUUAAAGUACUUCCUGGAAUUAAGUCCUACCAGCAUUUCAGGUUCACAGAUAAACAGCCUGGUACAGUCUACUGCAAGGAGUCUGUUGAUUCAGAAGAACAAGAAUUUCAUCUACUGAAAUCUAAGGAUGCUGUUCCACAGUUUAGAAUGCCGUCCAUUAUUCCACCACCUGGUCUUCCACCAAAACGUCAGUGGUACCUUUACGACCAGAUAAGGGACUUUUGUAGUGAAGAGACAAGAGACAUUACAUGCCCAAGACCUACCGUUGAGAACGAUCCAGCUCAGCCACCAGUACAGAGGCCUACUGCAGAAAAAGGCCGUAGCCGUGGAGUGAAAAGAGGACAUGGUGGAAAUCAAGGGCAGAAAUUGAGAGCGCGAGAGGCUUGAAAGUCUUAGGUUAUGAGUGAUUGACACAUAGUUUGAUAAAGAUAGGUUGCCAGAUAAUGAAACUUACGCCCACAGCAGCUAAAUCAUCCUGGCAGUCAACAAGUGUUGUUGUGUAUUUUCUUUUUUUCAGAAAUGGUACAUUUAUAAUAAACUUAAAUCUAAUUAAGA